CUUGUAAUAUGUACAGAAUGCAGCCGCCAAAAUCACGAAACGGGAAUGAUUUUACUUCUAGAGGAGACAAGCUUACGUUUAUACCACCGGGUUCAUUGGGUAAAGGGCGCGCACAAUUUGGUUUAAGAUCUUUCAAUUCCUUACGACCAUCGACGUCACAAAGUGUAGGAACUGCUACUAUACCAUCAUUUGAAACUCCUCUUGGGCAAUUAGGCAAUAUUUCGCUCCCUCAAGAUUUUGAGCCUAUGGAAGAAACACAUAUUGAAGAAGAAUCAAGGGAAACCGAUUCUACAAGUGUUGCAAAGAAGCGAAAGGUGCGAGGUAGAAACAAGUGUAAGGAAGUCGCAAAGUUGAAAAGUGGAAAAAAGCUAAAUGUGAAAUUCUACAAUAAGCGUGUUGUUGGAAAGAAUCAUAGGGUAUUUUCGAGGCAUCUAGGAAGAAUCAUACGUGAUCGCAAUAUUUGUCCACUUCGUGUGCACUCAUGGAAGGAAAUUGGGGAUGAAGAAAAAGAACAUAUGUGGGCUGCAGUGACGGAUAAAUUUGAGAAUACAAAGAUGGAGGAUUUUCGUGAAGAUAUCCUAGCGCAUAUGAAUGAUUUGUGGAACAAAUGGAGGGGAGAUUUGCAUCGCAAAUAUGUAAAACCAUGUAGUACUAUACAAGAGACUCUAAGAAAUAUUCCUGAAGAUAUUAAUCGGGAGGAUUGGGAGUGGUUAGUAAAGGAACAUUUCUCAAGUAAAAAGUUUAUGGCAGCAAGCAAACGGAACUCUAGUAAUAGGGCAAAGUUAACAAUGCCUCAUCGUACCGGUAGUAAGCCAAUUCGACAAGUUAUUUGGAAAAAGGGAGGCAAAGUCGGUCAACCACCAAGCUUAGCAACUAUAUUUUUUGAGAGUCGAAAAAAGGGUGACAAGUUAGUUGAUCAAGAUACUAUAGAACAAUAUGUAGUUCAUCGUGAUUUUUAGGACAAGAAAAGACGAUGAAUUGCAAGCUCUCUUUUUUGUUUCUAAGCGGACCUUUUUUGGAAAAAUGGUGAUAGUUGUUGACUAUAUAUGUAAUGAUGAUAUUUAGUACUUUGUUUUCUUUUUGGUGAA